CAGCAUUUGACAGAUGUUUAUAAACCUUGGAAUUGUACACACACAAAUCUUUUUUUCCUUGUAUACAACAGCUGUGUUUAAUUAGAGUAAGUGAAAAGUUACCCAUUAAAAUAGUUCUUUUUGGUUGCACUAAAAGUCUUGUGAUUUACUAUAAAUAUGAGCGACGAAGGAGGAUUUGAUCCCUGCGAAUGUUUUAAUUUCCAUGAAAUCGCCAUGCGAAGACUAUUAAAUAUGUUGAGACAAUCUCAAUCAUAUUGCACAGAUUCUGAAUGUGUUGAUGAUAUUACUGGUGCAUCUCUACAAAGAGGGAAUGAUGAAGGGAUUUUUAUGAUGAGUGUUAUGUUUGUUAUGGCCUUACUUAUUUAUUAUUUAAGACCUAAUCGAUUUAGAACUAAGAAUACUUCAGAGAAACCUUGCUUUAACGAACGGGAUUCGAAUGGAGCACCACCCACACCGCCUCCCAGCAGUUGUUAAAUGAAAAAUCUAAAGUUUUAGAUUAAUUGCAACCUGCGUUUUUAAGUGUUAAAACACUUUUUUAAUUCUACACGCACAUUUUACAAGAUAGAAUAAAUUAAUAUAUAAUAAGGGUGUUUAUAUUUUUGUAUAAGAAAGUUUUUUGAAAAAUUAUCUCAUAGGAGAAAAAAUUAUGGCUAGUCUGGUGGGUCGAAAUUAUCAAAAAAAUUAUUGAAUCUCGUUAUGAAUGGUGAUUUUUAUUUGUGUAAUGCAAUUAUCAA